UCUUUCUCACACUCUCUCUGUGAGUUCAGGAAAAUGGCUGAGGCGAGUAUUUCAGUAGAUCAGGAUCAGUUCAGCUGUCCAGUGUGUCUGGAUCUCCUGAAUGAUCCGGUAACUAUCCCCUGUGGUCACAGUUUCUGUAAGGUGUGUAUUAAUGACUGCUGGGAUCAGGAGGAUCAGAAGGACGUCUACAGCUGUCCUCAGUGCAGAGACACUUUCACUCCAAGGCCUGUUCUACGCAGGAACAACAUGCUGGCUGAAGUGGUGGAGAAACUGAAGAAGUCUGAAGUCCAAGCUGCUUCUCCUGCUCACUGUUACGCUGGACCUGGAGAUGUGGAGUGUGAUUUCUGCACCGGGAGAAAAUACAAAGCCAUCAAGUCUUGUCUGGUGUGUGUGGCUUCAUUUUGUGAAACUCAUCUCAAACCUCAUCUUGAACGUACUGCUUUGAAAAAACACACAUUAAUUGAAGCCUCUGGAAAUCUACAAGAGAAGAUCUGCUCUGAACACAAUGAAGUUCUGAAGAUCUUCUGUCGUACUGAUCAGAGAUGUAUUUGCUCUUUGUGCCUGUUGGAUAAACAUAAAGGCCACAACGCUGUAUCAGUUGCAGCAGGAAGAGCUGAGAAACAGGGUGAGUUAAAGGAGGAGCAGAUGAAAUUCCAGCAGAGACUCCAGGAGAAGCAGAAGAAGGUGCAGGAGCUGAAACAGGCUGUGAACACUAUAAAGCUCAGUACACAGACAGCAGUGGAGGACAAUGAGAGAAUCUUUACUAAGCUGAUCAGCUCCAUGGAGAAAAAGCGCUCGGAGGUGAGGGAGAUGAUCAGAGCUCAGGAAAAGGCUGAACUGAGUCGAACUGAACGACUCCUGGAGCAACUGGAGCAGGAGAUUGAUGAUCUUCAGAGGAGAGUCACUGAGCUGGAGAAGCUUUCACACACACACGAUCACAUCCAUUUCCUCCAGGCUUUAGCUUCUGGACCUCAGUCUCCUCUAUUUAAACGACCAGAUUUUGACACGUCCAGCAUCAGGGUCCCUCAACAUCUGUCAUUUGAUGGAGUGAGGAAUUCUCUCUCAGAUCUGAAGAAGAGACUGGAGGAAUUCUGUGAGGAGGAAUUCAACAAAAUCCCUCCACAUGUUGCAGCAGUUCAGAUCAUUUCACCACCAGAGCCACAGAACAGAGAAGAGUUUCUGAAAUAUUUCUGUUCUCUGACUCUGGAUCCCAACACGACAAAUUAUAACCUCAUUCUGUCUGAGAAGAACAGAGCAGUGACAGUCAGUAUGAGACAGCAGCAGUACUCUGAUCAUCCAGAGAGAUUUGACACCUGGUGGCAGGUGUUGUGUAAGGAGAGUGUGUGUGGACGCUGUUACUGGGAGGUGGAGUGGAGCGGUGAUGGUAUUGUGUCCAUAUCAGUCUCAUAUAAAGACAUUAGGAGGAAAGGACGGGGUGAUGAGUGUCGGUUUGGAUGCAACAAACAGUCCUGGAGUCUGCGAUGUUCACCUUCUUCUUCUUCUCUCUUUUAUCACAACAACAUUAUAGCUGAUCUCAGAGUUCCUCCUUUCCCCAAAAUAGGAGUGUAUGUGGACCACAGUGCAGGAACUCUGUCCUUCUAUAGCGUCUCUGACACCAUGAAGCUCCUCCACAGAGUCCACACCACAUUCACUCAGCCUCUAUACGCUGGGUUUACACUUAGUCUUCUGUCAAAAGUGAGGUUGUGUAAUCCACAAUAACAUGUAUCUGGUGUUUUAUGGUCAGUAACAAGUUGAAUCAUGAAUGAUCUUAUAGAAAAAGUGUUUAAUUUCAGCAGGAUUACUCCUUAUAGUGUCAUUAAAGAGGUCGUUCAUGAGAAACAAAACACUUGUGAAAUGUAACACAAACACAGAAUAUUCAUUCUUUGUAACAUGGUAAUCAUUUUUAUUUUAAUCUAGAAGUGAGGUUUGUAGGUUUAAGGGGUUAAAUCAAAUCAAAUCAAAUUUUAUUUGUCACAUACACAUACAUACAGGGUAUGAUGUCCAGUGAAAUUCUUUUUGCAACU